CACAACUCCCCGUAGGCGGUGUAGGCGCGUGCGCGGUGUAGGAGCCCGGGCGGCAGCAUGGCUGCGCUGCGCUGGGGCCGAGGUGCGGCGGAUCUCAGCAGGGCGUUGCGGUCCUCUGGCCCCCCCUGCAACACGGCCAAAGAAGGGAUCCUCGGUGGCCUCUGGAGUCCCAGAAGGAACUCCUCUGCCAGCCCCUGUGAGCAGGAACGCCGGAAGGACUGGGGCCAUGUAGAACUACUGGAGGUACUGGAGGCCCGGGUGCGGCAGCUGCAGGCAGAGAGCGUGUCUGAAGUGACAGUGAAGAGGGUGGAGGUGGCUCAAGUCUCCGCUGACAGUGGCAGGGCUGGUGGCACCCUGCCACCUGUCAAGGCCAAGCUAAGGAUCUCCGGGGCCUGGGGAAGGAAGCUGGACCAGGACCAGCAGAUGCUACAGAAGCAGCAAAAGUUAUUGCAGGAGAAGCUGCAGGCAAAGGGUCAGUUCCUGGUCCCCGAGUUCAAGCUCAGGGGUAAGGCCAAGGCCAAAGCCAAAGCUAAGCCCACAGCCAUGGCCAUGGCCAAAUCCCCCACCAAGCCCAUGGGCACGUCCACAACUGCAUCCAAGGCCAAGCCAUUGGCCACAGCUGCACCCAAGGCCAAGCCAUUGGCCACAGCUGCACCCAAGGCCAAGCCAUUGGCCACAGCUGCACCCAAGGCCAAGCCAUUGGCCACAGCUGCACCCAAGGCCAAGCCAUUGGCCACAGCUGCACCCAAGGCCAAGCCAUUGGUCACAGCUGCACCCAAGGCCAAGCCUGCAGCCAUGGCCGAACUGCCACUCUCUGAGCCCCAACUGGUGAGUGAGCAGCUGGCCAGUGAGAAAGGCAGAACGGAGAGACUAGCAGAGAAGCCUGAGGAGUGGGAUCCCUUCCAGCUGUCUGUGGCUCCCCUGAAUCUGAGCUGGAGCAAGCCACAGGGCCCACUGAACCUGGAGCAGCAGGCACGGCAGCAGAGGUUUCAGGCCUUCUUCGAGUGCUGCCUGGCCACCGAGCAGGUGACCCUCGCCCACCACAUGUUGGUCAGAAAACACUUCUCGAAGUCCAAGCACUGGUGGAUCACGCAAGCCAUGUACAACACCGUCAUGCUCGGCUGGGCUCGAGAGGGUUCCUACAAGGAACUGUUGUCUGUGCUGAGGAUGAUGAAAUACAACGGCUUCACCCCAGAUUUGCUUUCCUACGCCUCUAUCCUGCAGUGCAUGGGGCGGGUGGAUCAGGAUGUCACCAUCAUCCAAAGGUGUCUGGAGCAGAUGGCCCAGGAUGGUGUGCAGCUGGAGCAGCUGUUCUACGAGGAGACCCUGUCCAACGAGGAGAGGGCUGCGAUGCUGCGGGCUGUGCUCAAGGCCAAGCCCGACUUCCGGCUGCCACAGCCCUCACCACAGGUCAACACCUCGCCGCUGCUCCGGGAGGUCUACUCCAAGGAUGGCCCUGUGUCCUACCCGAGGCUGCACCUCCCCCUGAAGACACUGCAGGCCAUGUUCCAGCAGCAGCUGAGUGUGGAGCUGGCCAGCAUCGUCCAUGUUGAGUCCGUGGAAAAGACCUUGUCGCCAACCCAGGAGACCCUGGAGGCGCGGAAGACCCUGGCAGCCCUGCACACAACCUGGGAGUCUGAGCUGCAUAGCCAGCUGCAGAAGGCCAAGGCCCACCUGGCCAAGGUCACAAGCUACGGGCAUCCCACGCUCUACCCCUUCCUGUGCACGGUCCCCGAGGAUGAGCUGGUGCAGAUGCUCCUACAGUUCCUGCACACAAUGCCCGCCCAGGGCGAGCCGUUCGUGUACGUGGUGCACCGGCUGGCCAUGCAGACCUUCCAGCGGCACAUCGUGCAGCAGAGGCGGUGCCGUGGCCAGCUGCUGGCGCUGGAGCAGCGGUACAUGCAGUACCUACAGCUGCUUGCCUCUGACACCCAGGUGGCUGAGCCCUGCCUGCCACGGCAGCACUGGGAGACGCUGGGGCCACCCGAGCCUGCACCACCACAGGUCUGGCCCCUCAUGGAGCUCCUGUCACUGGGCAAGCUUCUCCUAGAGAUCCUGGUGCAGUCAGUGCAGCUGCCGCCCAGCCUGGCCCUACCUCAGAGCUCCUCCUCCCAGCCAGUCCCUGUGCUGUACCACGUGUAUACCUUCCGUGGUAUACGCCAGAUUGGCUUCCUGAGGCCACACCCGGCCUUCAUUCAGCUGCUGGACGAUGCUGCAGAGCCCUUGAUGAUCUUUGAGGCAACCGACAUGCCCAUGCUGUGCCCCCCACUGCCCUGGGCCUCGUCACAGUCUGGAGGCUUCCUGCUGAGCCCCACCAAGCUGAUGCGCUCUGUGGAUGGCUCCCUGCAGCACCAGAACCUGCUGGACAGCUGGCCGCCCACCGAGCUGCAUGGCGCCCUGGACACCCUCACGCAGCUGGGCAACUGUGCCUGGCGUGUCAAUGGGCGCGUGCUGGACCUGGUGCUGGAGAUCUUCCGCAACAAGGGCUGUGCGCGCCUGGGUGUACCGCCACCUGCCUCUGAGGCACCGCGUCCACCGCUGGAGGACUUGCCACCCAAUGCCUCACCGCAUCGCAAGGCUGAGCUGCGGCAGGAGGUGGCCAGCUGCCUGAAGAUCGCACGGGAGAUGCAUGGCCUGCGGCGGGAGGCCUUGUACCGCCUGUCGCUGGCCCAGCACCUGCGGCACCAGGUCUUCUGGCUGCCGCACAACAUGGACUUCCGCGGCCGCAGUUACCCCUGCCCGCCCCACUUCAAUCACCUGGGCAGCGACCUGGCCCGUGCCCUGCUGGAGUUUGCUGAGGGCCGCCCACUUGGCCCCCAUGGUCUUGACUGGCUCAAGAUCCACCUGAUCAACCUCACUGGGGUCAAGAAGCGUGAGUCACUCCGCGUCCGCCUGGCCUUUGCCAACACCGUGAUGGAUGACAUCCUGGACUCAGCUGACCAGCCCAUGACGGGCCGGAAGUGGUGGAUGGAAGCUGAGGACCCCUGGCAGACACUGGCGUGCUGCAUGGAGGUGGCUGGGGCUGUGCGGUCCCCAGACCCUGCUGCCUAUGUGUCCCAUCUGCCCAUUCACCAGGAUGGCUCCUGCAAUGGCCUGCAGCAUUACGCCGCCUUGGGCCGAGAUAGUGUGGGCGCUGCCUCUGUCAACUUGAUGGCCUCGGACAAGCCACAGGAUGUGUACAGUGGGGUGGCUGCACAGGUGGAGGUGUUCCGCACUCAGGAUGCGAAGCAGGGGCUGAAGGUGGCCCAGGUGCUGGAGGGCUUCAUCAGCCGCAAGGUGGUGAAGCAGACAGUCAUGACCGUGGUCUACGGGGUCACCCUCUACGGCGGGCGCCUGCAAAUCGAGAAGCGCCUCCGCGAGCUCAGUGACUUCCCACAGGUCUUUGUGUGGGAAGCCUCCCGUUACCUGGUGCGCCUGGUCUUCAAGAGCCUCCAGGAGAUCUUCUCAAGCACCCGGACCAUCCAGCACUGGCUGACCGAGAGCGCCCGCUUAAUUGCCCAGGCGGGCUCAGCCGUGGAGUGGGUCACACCCCUGGGCAUUCCCAUUAUCCAGCCCUACCACCGGGAGUCCAAGUUGGUGCUCAGAGGCGGCCUCCAGAGCAUCACCUGGAACAGCUCCGUGGAUCCCACCAGGAAGCCCAACACGAUGAAGCAGAAGAAUGGCUUCCCGCCCAACUUCAUCCACUCUCUGGACUCCUGCCACAUGAUGCUCACAGCCCUGCAUUGCUACAGGAAGGGCCUGACCUUCGUCUCUGUGCAUGACUGCUUCUGGACACACGCGUGUGACGUCCCCAUCAUGAAUCAGGUGUGCCGAGAGCAGUUCAUCAGGCUGCAUAGCCAGCCCAUCCUGGAGGACCUGUCCGCCUUUCUGGUGAGGCGCUUCUGCUCGGCAGACAGAGCCGAGCUCGGGACAGACACCAGGCAGCUGCUGGAGACGCUGUUAUCCGUGCCGCAGAAAGGGGACUUUGACCUGCAGCAGGUGAAGAGCUCCACCUACUUCUUCAGCUGACGCAGGUCCUGCCCGCUGUCCCCGGGCGCCCCAUGCACAGUGUAAAUAAAGUCUGUCACCACCCACA